UACUGGACGAACCAACGGCGGGUCUAGAUCCCGAGACACGGCGAACUAUAUGGUCCCUCAUAAAUAAGCUUCGUGGCAAAGCAAGCAUACUGCUUUCCACGCACGACAUGGAAGAGGCCGAUGUUUUGGGCGACCGGAUCAUCGUGAUGUACAGCGGCAGUGUCGUCUGCUGGGGUUCACCGAGCUUCCUCAAGAACGCCUGUGGUGUUGGCUACAAGCUGCGGAUUCUCAAGGAACGAAAUGCCUUCAAAUCUGAAGGUGUCCUUGCUGUGGUGAAGAAAGUAGCGCCUCAAGCUGCUAUUGCUGAAGAGAAGGAAAAUGAAGCAAUCAUUGCUCUAAACACUAUGCGCAGAGACGGCCUUGCGGCUAUGUUAUUGGAGCUUGAAAAUGGGAGCAAGAAGCUAGGUAUUAGGAGCAUUGGAGUAACGGUGGCCACAAUGAAGGACGCGUAUGUCAAGUAAGUUCGAUGCCUCGAAUUGAGUGACCUUUCGUUCGCACUUGGGCAUUUACUUAUGCCCUAAGUAAACGUCCCUUAGGUACGGCCUCAAAUGCUGGAAGCGAAAUUGUCCUUACGUACGCAAAGCCUUUAUUCAAUGUUCUUUUUUCCACGAUGCAUGGCUGCGGUAGAUACCAGGAUACGCUGUCUCACCAGCUGUUGCUGCGGCUGCGCAAUCCUGCCCUUUCCCGCCUUGUUAGCCCUGUUAUCAAAACCGGAAUAAAUGGCUU